CGCUAAUUCAAUAACAACAAACCACACGUGAGCUCAUCAAUUUCCCCAUUUUUCACUGAUUUCUAUUAAUUUCCAUUGAAAUUUAGCUAAAUUUUUCAAAAAUGGGCAAACGCAAAAAGAUCCGUCAAGCAGCUCUCCAACGAAAUGCUCAACUUAAACGCCAAAUCAGUCUCAGCGAUGCCCGUUUAAAGGCAAAAGAUCGCAUUGCGAAGCCCAAGAAGGAAGAUCCGAACAAAUUGAAGGUCAUGGAGAAGCCACAAGCGAGUUCCGCGCUAUUUUUCGAAUACAAUACGCAACUGGGACCUCCUUACCACAUAAUUCUCGAUACGAAUUUCAUUAAUUUCAGUAUCAAGAACAAAUUGGACAUUUAUAAGAACAUGAUGGAUUGCCUUUAUGCCAAAUGCACGCCUUAUAUCACGGAUUGCGUGCUUGCUGAAUUGGAAUCGCUUGGACCGAAAUACAAAUUGGCGCUGAGAAUCAUCAAAGAUCCGCGUUUUGAGAGGAUUCACUGCAUGCACAAAGGGAUUUAUGCCGAUGAUUGCAUCGUGAAUCGUGUUAGUCAGCAUAAAUGUUACAUUGUAGCCACAAAUGACAAGGAACUGAAAAGGAGAAUUAGGAAAAUUCCCGGAGUACCAAUUAUGUAUGUUGCGCUGAAUAGAUAUUUGAUUGAACGGAUGCCGGAUGCGUUUGAACCGAUGAGCAAGAAAUAAAAAUAUUUUUUUAUUUUUAAAUUAAA